AUGGCCGGCACCGAGCUCCCCAGAAUCGAACAAGACUGGACAGACAUAUCCGCAAAAGCCCAAACCAAACUCCGCAACUCCAUACCCUCCGAAUGGCGGAUUGUACCAGGCAAACUCCCAUCAGACACCCAACUAGACAUUACCGACUUCCCAGCCAAAAGCGGCCUCCUCUCCGACCAAGAACUUAAAAUCACCUCAAGCUAUGCCACAGAAAUCGUCGGCGCAAUAGCAGCAGGCGAAUGGACGGCCGUGGAAGUCACAACAGCCUUCUGUAAGCGAGCAGCAAUCGCUCAUCAACUCACCAACUGCUUGACUGUGAUCAUGUUCGACGACGCCAUCAAACGAGCCAAAGCACUAGAUGAUCACUUCUCACGGACCGGAACGACAACAGGACCACUGCACGGCCUACCUGUGAGUCUAAAGGACAACUUCAACAUCCCCGGCUACCCCAGCAGCGUAGGUUUCUGCGCCUGGGCUCUUGAUCCAGUAAAGGAAGAAAGUACCAUCGUGUCCGUCCUCCGGGAUCUUGGCGCAGUGGCGUACGUGAAGACGAACGUCCCUACUGCAAUGAUGAUAGCAGAAUCAGUCAACAAUGUCUACGGUCGGACAGUGAACCCACUAAACCGCAACUUGACCUCCGGCGGCAGUUCAGGAGGCGAGUCAGCCUUAAUCGCAAUGAAAGGAAGUCCCCUAGGUGUGGGAACAGACAUCGGUGGAUCGUUGCGGAUUCCAGCGGCAUGUACAGGGAUCUUUACAAUCCGGCCUUCGUAUGGACGAUUCCCGCAUUUCGAUGCUAGGACUGGGAUGGGUGGGCAGGAAGCCGUGGCGUCUGUUCACGGGCCCAUGGCGAGGAGUAUAGGGGAUGUGAAACUCUGGAUUGAAAGUGUCGUGGGUGCAAAGCCUUGGCUUAAGGACCCGAAGUGUAUACCACUACCCUACCAGCUCAUAACACUGAACCACAAGCUGAAGAUAGCGGUACUCUGGGAUAAUGGCAUCGUGCACCCAACCCCGCCCGUCACACGAGCGCUACAACACACAGUCGAGAAACUGAAGGCAGCCGGCCACGAGAUCCUUGACUGGCCAGCGACAGACCACGCAGAAGCCAUGAUACUCAUGGGAAAAUUCUUCCUAGCCGACGGCGGCAAGAGCAUAAAAUCCGUCCUAGAACAAUCUGGUGAGCCAUUGCAAACAGAAAUGGCCGCCUACGGCACCGCGACCGAACUAGGCGUCCAUGAACUCUGGCAGCUCCAAAAGCAGCGGACGGCACUGGCAAAACGCUACCUAGACCGAAUGGUGGCGUGUGAAGGCCUCGAUGCUAUACUGACGCCUACGACGCCUUAUGCGGCGCCGAAGAAUGGGGAGUUCAGGAGUGUGAGUUAUACGGGUGUGUAUAACAUCCUCGACUUAUCUGCGACGACUUUCCCGACUGGGGUUGUGGCGGAUAAGGAGAAGGAUGUUUAUGCUCAGGAUUUCACGGCGUUUGGGGAGGGGGAUGAGGUGGUGUUUAAGGACUACGUUGCCGGCGAUGUUCAUGGGAUGCCGGUUUCAUUGCAGUUGGUGGGGAAGAGGCUGGAGGAGGAGAAGAUAGUUGCUGUGACCGAAAAAGUGGUUGAAGUGUUAGGCGUGAAGUAG